AGAAGAAGUGGAUAAUAAAACGUGACACCAGACUAACUGUUACACCAAUUUCUUACCCCCGCAGCGAGGUUUGAUAACUUCCCUGUGUGCUGCAUCUCUACAGGCUGUUGUUCAUCAGCUGCAAACACAAAUUUAAACACAAAUCCUAACGACAAAUGCCAAACAUAAAACUGCAAAGGCAAAGCUCAGCGACUACUGUAGAACCUCACCCAAGACUAACUGAAGAGACAUUAGACUAUCACCCUUUUGUCACAAUGCCCCCUAUUAUCCAGUCUGCUCAGCAAGCUCACUGUUCAGCUACCUCAGUGUGGAGGAUCCAGUUUUUAAAGCACCAGAGUGAGACAUCGAUGACACUGACUGUUACCAUGAGCAGCUCCAGAGGGAUGCCCAGUUCCUAUGCUCAGAUCAGAGGAUGGACACUGAACUUGUUGACAGACUUGUGCUUCAGCUGAACAGGAUCUACCCCCAGAUACUCAGUGACAAGGAAGCCCACAGGUUCAGGAACCUGACGAUACCCACCAAGGUGCGGUUAGCUGAGCUGCUGAAGCACCUGCGUGGGAAGGGCGAGGAGGCAUGUCACGAAUUCUACAGGGGACUUCACAUUCAUGCCGAGGACGUCUACUCCAGCCUACCCACCAGAGUCAGAGAAAGAGAGAUGGCAGACGCAAAAUGGAAUAACAAUGUGGCAGUCCAUCCAGAGCGAUUUGUACUUAAUGACAGAGGGCCAAUGUUCUUCCUGAGCUGUUUCAGUUUUGUAGUCGGUAUUGCAAUGCUCUACUAUUACGGAGAAGGUGAGACACUGAGAUGUACUGGUCCGUUUCUUCACUGCUCUGCAGCAAGACUCAGUAAAGGUGCUAAAGAUGUUUUAAUUACCUAUGCUGAGGUUGGAAGGCAGAAAAAAUGAGGCUGUUAAGGUGCUGUGAAUGCUUAACUAGCCCUGUGAGAAGAACAAGCGAUGAAAUUUGCCACUUUGCCGUGCCAAACUCAUAUAUACUUUCAUAGCUAUGAGGUUUUUUUCUGAAAUUGAACAUUUUUAAGUACUAAUUUAAGUAAACAAGUACUAACCGACAUGUUUUUUUAAUCAUUGAUAUGAAAUUAACACGACUCAUUCUGUCAGUAAUUCCCAUAGCUGUAAGUGUAAUGUAGUACUUGUGUGUAUGAGUCUUGCCUGGAUGUAUUGUGUGUGCAGAGCCAAUGAUUCACGUCACAUUUUCAGAUAAAAUGAAGCAUAAUAUUACCUGACUAUAACUGAGUAACUGCACAGCAACAACAGUGAUUUUCUAAUUACUCUGGCUGAUUUGACCUCUGCUGUCAAUUAUGUGAGGUCCCCAAACUCCAUGCACUAACAAGAAUAACAAAAGGGUUACGCUGUCCAACCCUAACAGGUAGAAAAAAAUACCUGCAGGAUGAGGGAGGCGUCAGUCAACUGCAGCUUGUACACACCUGCACUGUCCUGAGAAGAGGUCUAAUCUGGCAUAUUGGUGUGCAGGGGCUUUAACAAUGUAACUUGAGUUUGACAGUGCUACGUACAGUUUCUAAGAUGUGCGACAGAUAUUCUCGCCAGCUCACCCACUUUCAGUGCCUUCUAAUACUGUGAUAAACACACUUUUUAAAAUCUACUGACUGAAGUGCACUAUAACAGUGUUCAGCUUUUGCUCCAAUAA